UCACCCCCUCCCGAAUCACCCUGUAUCCCUCUCAUCCUCGUCCACCCAUGAAACCCUAGCCCCCUUCUCCUAAUCGCCACUGCCGCCUUCUCCCUCCCAGAUCCAAUCCUGCGCGCGUCGGCCACCUCCCUCCAGCGGAGCUCGACCCCCACCCCCCGCCGCUGCUCCACCCUCUCCCAUGAGGGUCUCUGAGGCCCGCGCGCGCACAACCUCCGUCCCCUGUUGCUCCAAUCCGGCCAGCGCUCCCUCCACCUCGUCUCUCCCGAUCCCACCGGUCGGCGGUGACCUUCACCCUAGCAGUCAUACUCCACCCUAGCAGUCGAUCCCGACCAUCGCUGCUUCACCAGCCUCCUCAUCUGGCAUCUCCCCGAGGGCGGCCGAUGCCAGACAGGCCGUCGACGCGCCGGACCUCAAGGCCGGUCGUGCUGCUCCUUCUGCCUGCGUCCCCUCGACCGCUGUCUGCAAGAUCUCCCUCCUCAAGGAGAUGCAGCAUCGGAACAUCAUCAGGCUGCAGGACGUGGUGCAUAACGAGAAGAGGGAGGGCGCCAUGGCGAAGAAGGAGGGACCUUGCGGCCAUUGCGGAGUCACAAGUGUAUUGUUCCUGUACCCGAGUGGCUACAUCAGGGAAGACCCACUUGGAGUCCCCAACAACCUGAGCCCUAUGUGCAGCAAGUCGUUGUCGGGAGGCGCCUGCGCUGACGGUUUAUGGGACCGAAUACAACACCAAGGAUGGAAUAGGGGUGGUGAAAUUAUGGUACAGAAUACCAGAAAUUCUUCUGGGUGCGAGGCAGUAUUCUACCCUUGUUGGUGAAGUGCGAAUCCAUGUUCGAAGUUUUGAAGCAUAUCGACAAAGAGUAGCAUAUUAUGUGUUGUAAUUGUAGGCAGUAGUAGGCAUAUCUGAGUUGUAAUAUACUAUAACGAUUGUAAUAGAUUAAUGUAGUAUUGGUUUUGGACCAAUUUCAUUUGCUCUUUGGUCUGUUCGAAAGAAUGUUGUGCAUGUGAUUUGAAUACCCAUGAAAUGGAAACCUGACAAGUGGGUCAAGGUUAUAA